AGAAGAAGACACAGAUGCAGUGAUGAACGCUCUUAACGCGAUCGUAGCCUUGCGGCACAUCAUCCAAGUGGGUUGUUCUACAAAGCAGUCAGUUCCAUUGGAGCCUCGAGAUUUAUGGCCCAGGUUAUUUGAAUGGAUGAAGUCUCUAUACAAACAUUGCAUCGUCCGCCACGGAUACGAUGCAGCCACCCAAGAGACCGUAAUUGUCGAGAUAGCAAGCUUGGCGCAUAUAUACUCCUAUGAGCCGACUCUCUUCACGGUCGUUAACAAUACGCCAGGAUUCAUUACAUUCGUCACUGAGCUAUGGUUUAAAGAACAACAAUAUCUUUCAAAGUACCCCAAGCUCAUGGAUGAGUACAG